AUGUUAGCACCAUCCACAUCAUCUACCCCAUUUGCACCUGAGGCUUCCACACUUUCCCCUUCACCCCUACCAUCACCUUCACCUAGACCUUCUCUCUUAGGGAAUGUCGUAUCAGAUACCACUCUACCAUCACCUAUAUUUCCUACCACAGAGGCCACUAUACCUGAUGUCACUAUACCAGAGACUACCCCACUAUCUACUAGUCUACCAUCACCUCUACCUUCUCUCGAGGAGACCACUACACCACAUGUCACCUCACCAUCAUCACUUAUAUCUUCUCUACUCGAGUCCACUAUACCAGAUGUUAUUGCACCAGCUACCAUUACAGCAGAUGUCAUUCUUCCAUCUCCUAUAUCAUCUCUUCUAGAUGCUACCAUAUCAGAUAUCAUUGUACCUGAGAUCACCCCACCAUCUACCACUUUACCAUCACCUACACGUCUUCCCAUAGAGACCACCAUGCAUUAUACCCUUACACAUGUUACACAGCUAGAUGUAUGUCCACCUAGGAGACGUCGUGGUCCACGUAGACGUCAAGUCUUGCCUCCAUCAACUCCAUCUCAACCUAUACAUACUGAGACAUGGCAGAUUGCACAGAUAGAUUCCACAGAGAUGUCUCUUUAUCAUAGGCGUCCGCAGAAAAAGAGGAAGACCCCAUCAUGUGGCACUCAUUGA